AUGAAAGACCAUAAAUAUUCUAUUAAUAAACUAUCAUCUUGUAAAGUAUCGAAUGAUUCAAGAUCAAAUUACCGUUUACUUAAUAUACCAUGUGGUGUUUGUGGUGAUCGUUCUACUGGAAAGCAUUAUGGAGUAUAUAGUUGUGAUGGAUGUUCUGGAUUUUUUAAAAGAAGUAUUCACAAGAAUCGUUCAUAUACAUGUAAAGCAAGUGGUAAUUUAAAAGGUAAAUGUACCAUUGAUCGUCAUCAUCGUAAUCAUUGUCGUGCAUGUCGAUUAAAUAAAUGUUUUCUAGCACAAAUGAAUGAAGAAAAGUGCAUGAAUGAUGAUGAUGAUGCAUUAGUAGUUUUACAAAUGAUUGUUUCAUCCUUAAGUGACACUCAUCAACAGUGCACAUUCAUGAAAUUGUAA